AUGGCGAACAUAGUAGCGACAGGUGCCUCGAGGAACAAUUUCAAUUCAAAAGAGCGAUGGAGAAUAUUAAAAAACAUCCUUAUGAUCGGUAUUGCAUUCAUGAUUCACUUCACAGCGUUCAUGGGCGCCAGCAAUCUCCAGAGCUCGAUAAACGCUGAUGAUUCAUUAGGGACAUUUACGCUCGCUUCUAUCUACGGCAGCCUUAUAUUCAGAUGUAAAUGGACGAUUUCAUUGUCAUUUAUCGCAUAUAUUCCGUUUAUAGCGGCACAAUUUUACCCGAAGUUCAUGACAAUGAUUCCAGCUGGUCUAGCUGUUGGUUUAGGUGGCGGGCCAUUGUGGUGCGCUAAAUGCACAUAUUUAACAGUGGUUGCUGAGGCUUAUGCAACAGUAUCUGAGCUAGGGGCUGAUGUUCUUGUAACCCGAUUUUUCGGGUUAUUUUUUAUGUUUUAUCAAAUGGCACAAGUUUGGGGAAAUUUAAUAUCUUCCGCAGUAUUGUCGUAUGGAAAGGAAGACCUGCCAAUAGUAGAAUUAAACAGCACAAAAGUCUCGGAAAUAUGCGGAGCUAAUUUCUGCCAAAUAGUUGAAGAAAAUCCAAACUUAGCUCCGCCGGCUCCCGAACGAAUUCAUUUAAUUUCCGGAAUUUAUCUUGGCUGCAUGGUCCUGGCGUCUUUGAUUGUCGCUUUUGGGGUCGACUCUUUAUCAAGGUACGAUAAAGGGAGAACUGGCUCAGCUACUGGACAAUCGGGGCUUAAAUUACUUGCAGUGACUCUUAAGUUACUCAAAGAAAAGCGGCAAUUGCUUAUCCUGCCUAUCACUAUGUUUAUUGGCGCUGAACAAGCUUUUUUAUUCGCUGAUUACAAUGCUUCGUUUGUGUCAUGUGCCUACGGAAUAAGCAACAUAGGCUACGUAAUGAUUUGCUACGGAGUAGCAAAUGCAAUUGCAGCUUUAGCGACCGGCUCAAUUGUAAAAUUAACCGGAAGAAUUCCAGUAGUUGUCUUCGCAUUUCUGCUCCACUUGCUGAUAAUAGUAGCUCUUCUUUAUUGGAAGCCGACGCCAGAGCAAGGGGUGAUGUUUUUCCUCAUGUCGGGUUUGUGGGGAAUCUGUGAUGCGAUCUGGCUGGUCCAAGUUAAUGCUCUAAGCGGAAUUCUCUUUCCUGGGAUGGAAGAAGCAGCUUACUCAAAUUUCCGGCUGUGGGAAGCCACCGGCUCUGUUGUUGCUUAUUCCUACAGCUCUUACUUGUGUACCAGUACUAAGUUGUAUGUACUCAUUGGGAUUUUGAUAGUGGGCGUUGUUGGUUAUGGAGUGAUUGAAUUCUCGGGGAAAUCUUCGAAAGUUAGAUUAGUCGAUCCUAAAACUGAUUUUGAGCUGGUUGAAUGCUCUUAA